UUAAAAACCUUGUUUUUCUUGGUCAGGCCGGAAACUUAUCAAUCCACCCUCGUACACCUCGUGUUAAAUAUCUUCAAAUAAGCCGAUUUCUUACGUUGGUAUUUUGUUAUCGAAUAUAUGCUCGGUAACCCAGUAAAAGAGAUCAUGUUAACAAGAAUUUGAGAAGAUUUUCAUUGAAGUAUGAACUAAGGUUUCGUUUCAUGCUUCAUAAGGCACUAAAGGUACUGACGAUGGAAUGGAUAUAAUUUAGUUAUCAUUUAACGUGAGUUGUUUCAUUCACCAUAUUCACGUUUAACAAAUCUGCAGAGUGUGAUCUUUAUAAAAUCAUUUGCCCAAUAAAAUGACGGGUUAUUAUUAUGAACGGGUAUCUCUAACAGUGAAUGUGUUUUCAAAAUUAAAAGUUGCGUUGAAUGUUCUUCAAAUAGUUUAGCAAUUUGGAUUUUAAAAUUACUGGUGUUAAUUUAAAAGUGAUUAUCAGUGAAUAACAGAACACCCGACUAACUACAUACCAUACUCAGAAGUACUUAUACAUUAUUAUUUUCUGUAACAAGUAAAAAUUUCUAAUUAAAAAAAAAAGAAACAGAUUUUGCUCAAAGUUUUACAAUGAAAUUGCAAAUAUGUAAUAUUUAUUCGAACAGAUUAAAAAAUACGUAUAGUAUCUGUUCAAAAGUGAAAUCCUCUUUAUUAAAAUAAAAUAGUUUUUAAAUUUCUUAUUAAUACCAGUUAACUGUUUGAUAAAUGUCAUUUUUAAAAAGUAUUUCAAUACCUAAAACCUCCAUGUUUUCGACAUCAUACAGUAUAACAGUUGAAAGCAGUUUUACAUCUAAUCAGGGAAAAGUGUUGUCUGCUGUUUCUAAUAUUACCUGCAGUUCCUACUUUCAUGGUAAUUCAAACGCCGUAGAGUUAAAGUUAUGCUACACUGGUCAAAAAUGUUAUAAAAUACCUGACGUCCUCAUUAAAAUGUACGGUCCUAAGGUUAACAGUUUGGAUCUAAGCUUUAACGAACUUCAAACGUUAAGAGGCCUCGAGUUUUUUCCUUCGCUUCAUGAGUUGAUUUUGGAUAAUAAUCAACUCUCUGAUAAUUUAGUUUUACCACCUUUGAAACACUUACAUACAUUAUCACUGAAUAAAAACGAAAUAACGGAUGUUGAACUGCUCGUUGAAAAAAUAUUAAAAAGUGUGCCCAAUCUUACUUAUUUGAGUCUCUUGGGCAACAAGGCUUGUCCAAAUCAAUUGUCAGACUCGGACAAAGAUGAAGAGGAUUAUAAAAGAUAUAGGUAUUUAAUUACAAUAACAAAACAGUUUACAGUUUAUUUACAAGUCCUUCAUGGUAUAAAUGCAGGCCAUAGACAAAUAUUUAUUAAAAAUUAUUUUCAGAACUAGCUGACUCAGUUAUAGCGGAGAUUGUUAUAAUUUAAGUGUAAGCAAAGAUUGUGGUUGUAGCGGACAAGCAAAAUGCAUUCGUCAGUGACGAUUAUGUCUAAGUGCGGCAGUGCUGAUAUACCAACUGCGCCUAGUUUACCUGACUCCCGUGUACCUGCUACCGUGCUGUUAUAGGUAACAGGUACAGAUCCAUAAAUACGAAUACUAUAGACUAUAAAAUUGAAAGUGUCCUCUAGUUUUGGUUUCUUCUUGGAACUUUUGUUUUUUAAAAAGAACUGACAAUCUUUUAAACAAACUUUAUUCCAAAAAAAAAACACCUUUUGACAAUUACUUACUAGCAAUACCCUAUGGGCGGAAGCUAGUCAGACAUAAAAAGUCUUAAAAGUAAAAGUACAGUAAAGGU